AUGGUCGAAUUAUGACACGUUAAUAAGCAAUUAAUUAUUAUUGCAUUGUCGCAUAAACCGAUCACAUCCCAAAAGAAAGAAAAAGCGUGUUAUCCAAAACAAAAUUAAUAUUAAUGACCGGAAUAUGUGUGUCACACGGGCCAUAGUGUUCAGAGCUACGAAAAUAUACUAUACGAGUUAAAAAUGUAAAUUCGCCAAAAGGUCGGAGUGGGGGCGGAUCGAAUAAAAAACUGUUGAUUUUUGAAUGGAGCAUCACAAUCAAAUCGUAAUCGGUGGUUUGAGUUCAUCCAAACAUCUUUAAGAUGAAGUUCUUCUUGGUCCUUCUUAGUGUGGCCGCUGUGGGUUACUCCAGUCCUGUGCCUAAGGAUGAAUCAGUGUUAAAGACUGUGGUGGGCAGCUUCGUGAACUGCAUGAAUAGUGAUGUUAACUUGUGCAUUAAGGAACAUGCCCUUCGUGCCACCGAGCGUCUUGGAACCUUUCGCAAACUUAACAUUUUCGAGGGUCUCACGAUCCUGAACAGCAACCCUAAAGAAGCCCGCAGUCUGGAGCCUUUGUCCACGGAACCCCAGAUCAGAAACAAGGAAGUGACUGAAAGACUCUGGGAGAGGGCCAAUGAUCUGCUUCAGAACAGCGAGCUGGAGAUCAGCUUUGGCGUUGAUGAUGAUGAAGAAUCCAGGGCUCUUGGCGACGCUGAGGAGGGCCGCGCCAAGAAGAAGGACAUGAAGAAGAAAAUUAAGAUGCUCUUGCCCCUCCUGCAUCUCCUGAAAGCGAAGUUGGGUGCCUUGGCUGUUCUCUUCCUCGGUGUCAUUGCCUUCUCCAUCUUUAAGCUCGCCCUCAUGGCCAAGAUUGCAUUUAUUGCCAAGGCCAUUGCCCUCAUCAAGGUUCUUUUGGCUAAGAAGCACGAGGAGCAUGAUGGAUGGGACCAUCCAGUCCAUGAUGACCAUGGACACGGUCACGGUGGUUGGGAAAGCCCAGGAUGGGGACGCUCAGGCAAGAUCGAAGGCGCUGACAUGGCCUAUGCUGGAUACAAGCACCAGUAGAUCUAUAAAAGCGUACUGA